CAGGACAAGGGCAUUGCUUGCCGAAAGCUCGGGAAGGGGUAGGGGGUUGCCGCCGUUGCCAUAUGGAGGUCGCCGUCGUCGAAGGGCCGCCGCCGCAGGUGAUGAAGGAGGAGAACCGGCCCGACGCCAAGCCAGAGAUCGCCGCGUCGAUGGUAGGAACCGCUCUUCCGAUAGUCUUCGAAAGCUUUCCAUCAUCGACGCAAAGAGAUGCGGCCGGCAAGAAGCGGGAGGAACAAGAACAACGCAGGCUGGAGGCGGCCAGAGCGGAGAUGGGCGAGGUGCGGGAGGAGAACGAGCGCCUCAAGUCGACGCUGUCCCGCAUCGUCAGCCAGUACCAGUCCCUGCAGAUGCACUUCCUCGACGUCGUCAAGGUGCACGAGCAAGCAUCUGCAGCCAAAGCGGAGAAGCUCCCCGUGGCGCCGGCUCCCGCGCCUCCGCCUCCCGCCACCACCGGCACCGACGACCCCGACGACCUCGUCUCUCUGAGCCUCGGCACGAGGGCGAAUAGCGGUGGCGGCGCACCACGCCGCAAGGGCCACGAGAGGUCGGCGUCCUCGUCUGGCACCGCUGAUGAGAUGACCACCGCCGGCGCCGACGACGAAGGCCACCGGCUCUCCCUCGGGCUCGGCUUCGGGCGCGGUAGCGGGCUGCCGGCGUCGACGGUGGCCACGGACGACGACAAGGCCAGCCACGCGUCCGUCCGGAACUUGAGCUCCGACAGCAGCGGCAGCGCCGACUACAACGACAACGCCAAGCCUGCUGACCUGGCCGCCGCGGGCACCGCUCGUAAGAGCCCGAGCGCCGGUGCCGGCGACGGAUCAGCUGACGACGAGGUGCAGCAGCAGGCCAAGAAGGCUAGGGUUUCCGUCAGAGUCAAAUGCGAUACACCCACGAUGCCCGAUGGCUGUCAAUGGCGGAAGUACGGGCAGAAGAUCUCCAAGGGGAACCCGUGCCCGCGCGCCUACUACCGCUGCACGGUGGCGCCGCAGUGCCCGGUGAGGAAGCAGGUGCAGCGGUGCGCGGAGGACACGUCGAUCCUGAUCACCACGUACGAGGGCGCGCACAACCACCCGCUCCCGCCGGCAGCGACGGCCAUGGCGUCCACGACCUCCGCGGCGGCGGCCAUGCUCACCUCGGGCUCCACCAGCUCCGCCGCCUCGGCCUCGCUCGUCCACGGCCACCACCACCCGCUGGCGGCCGCCGCCGCCGGGCUGUUCGGCCCCACCACCAUGGUCUCCACCGCCGCGUCCUGCCCCACCAUCACUCUCGACCUCACCUCCCCCGCGACCGCGCCGCACACCCUCAUGCACUCCUCGCCCUACGGGUUCGAGUCCAAGGCGGUCCCGGCGGCGUGGAGCAGCGGGUACCUGGCGUACGGCGGCGCCAGCGCCGGCGCCCACCCGUCCUCCUACUACGCCAAGAGCUCGCCGGCGCUCGGGCACCACCAGCUGUUCGGCGGAAACCUGAGCGCGCCAUCGAGGCCGGAGCAGAUGUACGCCCAAUCGUACCUGCAGAGAGCCAGCAGCCUGGGCCUUGGAGGCGGCGGCGGCCAUGGCGCCGUGGCGCCCGCCGUCACGGACACGCUCGCGAAGGCCAUCACGUCCGAUCCGAGCUUCCAGUCCGCGCUGGCCGCGGCGAUCACGUCCGUCAUGGGCCGCGGCGGAGCCGCUGCUGCCCACAAGUGAUCCGGGGAAGAAGACCGAUUGGCAAGGGCCGGCAGAUCGCGUUUUUGAGCCCAUGCUGCAUGCAUGGUUUAGUGGUUCAUGUGUAAUUAAUAAGUGGUAUCGUGAUCACUUUUACCUUUUUCGUUCAUUGGGGUACGUAGUUUCUGGAAGUGUUAGCAAUUGGCUGCUGGGGGGGAAUAGCUGGUGAUCAUAAUAUAUCAAUGUAACAGGGAUCAUCAGUUCGAUCGAUCCAUGUACAUAGCACAGGGCGAGUCACGUCAAAAACUGUACGUACGUUUGCAACACCAUGGGUAGAAUGGAAGAAAGUUUUGGUCA